ACAUAUUUUUCCAUUCAUUUCUACGUCUUGUAAUCUUGUCGGAGCACAUAAUUGCAAGUCUAUAAAGCUUUAAAAAAAAAUUGUAUUUUUGGUUUAUGGUUAUAAGCUAUAUUACAAUAUAUGAAAUAUACAUUUUUCAUUUUUUAUCAUUUUACAAUAUAAUUUUAUUUAUUAUUAAAUUCAAUAAAUUUUUAGGAAUUCAGGUGUAAUUAGGUGACCCAUAAGAAUGGCCCCCAAAAUAAACUUAAAAAAAUUGGCAGCAGUUUUAAAAAAAUAUAAAUGUGAUCCAUGUUUUUGGAAAAAUAUUAAUAUUGGUGAUGAAGUUAUCUAUGCUGCUGCCAAAGCAUGUUUGAAUAAUACAUCAUCAAUUUCACGCAAAAGAAUUGCUCUUAUUUUAGUGGAAGGAAGAUGCAAUAUUUUAAAUGUUUAUAAUGGAAUCCAGGAGCAAAAAACAAAUUUCAUGGAUCAAGUAAGGUGUAUUUUAUUGAAUCAAAUUGUAAAUGUUACAGAUGUGAAUUCAGACAUUAUUCUAAAAGUUUGUAAGAAAUUAGGUUUUAAUUUUAAUAAAAAGUCCAAGAUUCAGAAAACUUUGAUCAUAGAAAAAGUAAGGUUAAGUAUAUCUAGAAUUAUUAAUGAAUUUAAAACUACUGGAUUGAAAAAUAAUAUUGCAAAUUAUGCAACUGAAAUAAAAGAAUUAAAUAAAAAUGAAUUGGUGGAAAAAUGUGUGAUUGAAAAUUCUAAUAUUCAAGAGCAUGACAAUUUGCUUAAUAAUGAUGAUAAUCUGGAUGUGAUGUCUGUGACAAAUAUGGUUCAUGAUGAAUUUAUUGAUACUAAUAUGGAAGAAAUAAACUGUAGUAUUGAAAGUAACUUAAGUAUUAAACUUUUGCAAAAUAAUGCCGUGAUUGAUGAUUCAUCUAAAAAUGUUAUGAAUAAUGAAGAGUAUUAUGUAUUAAAUACACCAGACUAUGAAUAUGUUGAUGAAAAUUGUAUUCGAGUUGUUGAGGAACCUGAAAUUACCGUAAUACCUUCAUCUGAGAAAAUACCAACCGAAUCGCAUACAACAAUGAGUAAUUCAUUUAUUACACCUCCUAAAAAAAUAUUUAAUAUGGACAGCUGUCCAACAAGCCAAUUGUGGAAUAACGAGAAAUUCAUUGCAGCAUCAAAUAUCAAUACUAAAGACUUUUUUGUCACACCUUCAAGAAAGAAUAUAUUGAGCAAGGACAAAUGUCAAAAAAGGUUAUUUUGCGAUGAUGAGGUUAUCAGCCGUCCGGAAAUGAUAAGUUUGCUGAGAAAUAAAGGUGAACUAAGAGGACUAGAUAUAAGUCCAGUCAAAAGUCCUUUGAAAAGAUUAAGGGAAAGAAAUUUGAACAUAUGUCAAGAAUUUGGUCUCCCCAAAGGUACAAUAAAUGUAUCGCCCAAGUCUUUAAGAAGUAAAUAUGAGGCGUGCAAUUUUAAAGAAGGAGUUUUUUUCAUACCACCAGAAGAAUGGAAACAAAUUUAUAUAAAUGGUAAACUAGAUAUCAAAACCUAUCCAAUGGUAUUUAGGAAGUACUUGGAAUCUAUUAACAAUACUUGUAUAUUGUACAUUAAGAAAAAGUUCAAUGCCAAUAAGAAAGGUGAAAUAAAGAUUAAUGUAUAUUGUAAGAUGCCAGAUUGUAAAGUAAUGAGGCUUUUUGUGACGCCUAGUAAUGGUGGUGUAGAAGUUGUUGUAUGGAGUUCUAGUCGAAAUUUCAGUCACUCUCCAAAGGAUCGCAUGACUUGUCAGAUAAGAGGACACGAAAGAAAAAUUAUAGGUGAUAAAUUAAAAAAUACAACUGCAUUUAAAUAUCAAGAUGAAUGUAUUUUGUCUGCAUCGCCCACUAAAGUUUUACGAAGUGGAAACAUGCAGUCUGUCAAAACAUUAACGACACUACGUAAAUUGAGUAGUGAACAACAAUUAAAGGCAGAUUAUGAUAAACAUGAUUCAUUUGAUGUAGUCCUUAUGGCGCAGGAAGAAAAAAAUAAAUGGUUAAAUAUGAUUGUUAAUCCUUAUCCAUUUAAUGUGAAAUGGACCUCUGAUUAUCAUUUGUUGAUUUUACAAAAAUUGAGUAAAAGUGGAAAAUUUAAAACGCUUCAUAUAGAUGCUACAGGAUCUUUGGUUAGGCCACCUAAUGAAAAAAAAGAAACCAUUUAUUAUUAUGCUGCAAUUUUUCAGAUAGACAAAAUUGAAAAUAUUUGUCCAGUAACAGAAAUGAUAAGUAGUACGCAUGAUAGGCUAACUAUUGAAAGCUGGCUGACUUCAUUCAAAGAAAAGUUUAUAAAUGAAUUUGGUCUUUCAUGGUCCCCUUUCAAGAAUGUUGUUACAGACUUCAGUUGGGCUUUCAUGCAUGGAAUAUCCAAAGUGUGGAAUAACAAAAAUAGNUGGAAUAUCCAAAGCGUGGAAUAA